GGCCACGUUGCGUUUUGGGCGAAGGGUAGGGCAUUCUGCGCUUUGCACUCGAGCUGCGUACUGUAGCUCUGGGCUGCAGCAGAAAGAGCUUCUAGGGUUCCAGCAUGGCGCGCUUACUCUUUGCUCUUACCCUGGCAGUGGCCGUGGCGGAUGAGUGUCCUUCGGAAGGCUGCGAGGAGGCCCUGCUAAUGCAGCUCGCGGGCAAGAAGGAACAUGUGGAGUACGAGGGCCCUGACCGCCGUCAACGUGAUCGACGAGAUAGCCGCUACUACGGCUAUCGCCACUACAGCUACGGCCCGUCUCCGCCCGCGACGACAACUGAACCGGAAGACCCCUCGACAACAACUGCAACACCAGCGCCCCCUCCAGUGCUGAAAUGCGAGGAUGCUGAGCCCCAAGCUCCGCGCAAUGUCAGCUGCGGCUUUGUUGGAGAGAAGAAGGCCAGAGUCAAACCCUUGGAUGCCGACUCCGUGAUCAAAUUCAUCCAGUGCAACCUCCACUUUCACUUGGGGGCGGAGCACCUGAGUGCUGGUGAAUAUGAUCUCGACUCCCCUCCACCAGGAACUGAGAAGGCCUCAAGCGUUACGCCUGGAAAGUUCUGCAGCGUUUGCGACAUCCCGCCCGUGCAGCUGGAGCCAUUUGAGUUCGAGCAUUGCAAGAAUGUCUCCGUGGGCAACACCUAUGAAUUCCACUGGGUCUUCUCGACCGGUGCUCCGCUGGUCGGUUUGCGUGACGAUGGCGAGGAGGGCCAGCUCGGCAUCACUGAUGGCUUGGGCGGUGCCCUUAACCGCACUAUCAACCCAAAGGUCAUCGUGCGUGGCCAGGCUUGCCGCAUCAUUAACAACGCUUCACUUGACACAGAGGCGAAGAUUGAAGCCGACUAUGCAGACUUCCUCACGCAGUGGCGCACGCCACCAGCAGGGCAGGGAGUUCGAUACAUGGGCUCGACCACUGGUGACGCCUUCAACGACGAAGUCUGUUCACCGAUCGAAGUGAAUUGGCACGUGGACACCAAGUGCUGCACAUUGUCGGCUCAGGCCUUCGACAGGACUUGCAAGGCAAUGUACGAUGAGGGUUUGCGCGACGACCUGAAGCCGAAAGGUUCUCGGGCCCCGGUGUCUGCAGCAAAUUCAGCGAAGGUGGUCUUUCCGCUCAGUGAGCCCACUUGCAGCAGCUGAGAGACCACUUCUCAGAUCAGCAAGUGCACUGCAUGCGAUCUUCUUGCUCAAAGCCUGGGAUUGCCAUUCAGAUCGCAGCAUUUUUGUUGCGUGCCAAUGGGCACGCUAGACUCUUGACCAUUCUCGACCACUUGAUUACAUUUCAAGACUUGUAGCUACUGUCUGUGGCUCGAAUCGUUUUGUAUAGCUUUGCAGUCUGACACUUCGCCUGUGGCGUAAACCGUCAGACUGGUGAUGGCAAGGAGAACGAGCCAGCGUGCUUG